GCAGCGUGUCGUGAAAAGGGGAGGGGCCUUUCAGCGGACUCUGUUUUUAUUUAUUUCUUUGUUUCAUGUGUGCCAAUAAAACAACAACAAUGGUGGAUAAUUGAAGAAGUGUGGAUUAUUAGGAUGAGCGGAUGACAUUUCCAGUCGCAGUUACCAGACCGAUAUCACCAGUGAAUCACCAGGGAGGAGGAUGAAGCGGCGCAAUGCGGACUGCAGCAAACUCCGACGGCCGUUGAAACGGAACCGAAUCACCGAGGGUAUAUAUAGCAGUACGUUCCUGUACCUGAAGUUCCUGGUGGUGUGGGUGUUAGUUCUGCUGGCCGACUUUGUGCUUGAGUUCAGGUUUGAGUACCUGUGGCCCUUCUGGCUUUUCAUUCGAAGUGUCUACGACUCCUUCAGAUAUCAGGGACUGGCGUUCUCUGUUUUCUUCGUAUGUGUGGCGUUUACAUCAGACAUCAUCUGCCUCCUCUUCAUCCCCGUCCAAUGGCUAUUUUUCGCUGCCAGCACCUACGUAUGGGUCCAGUAUGUCUGGCACACAGAAAGAGGAGUCUGUCUACCCACUGUAUCGCUGUGGAUCCUGUUUGUGUACAUCGAAGCUGCCAUACGGUUCAAAGAUCUGAAGAACUUUCAUGUUGACCUGUGUCGACCCUUUGCUGCUCACUGUAUCGGCUAUCCAGUGGUUACUCUGGGCUUCGGCUUUAAGAGCUACGUUAGCUACAAGAUGCGAUUGAGGAAACAGAAGGAGGUGCAGAAGGAGAACGAAUUCUACAUGCAGCUUCUACUGCAGGCUUUACCGCCAGAGCAACAGAUGCUGCAGAGGCAGGAGAGGGAGGCAGAGGAGGCUGCUUUAGCUAAAGGGAUCUCCGAGGUGGAACCCGCCGUUAUAUCCCAGAACGGAGCGCCUCCUGGAAAGAAAAGCACCACGGUCCCGUUACCAGAACUGGAGUACCGGGAAAAAGGGAAGGACAGUACUGCGAAAGAGCGCGAGGGCAAAAAGCAGAACACAAUUGGAAUCAAUAACAACAGUAUUAUACACGCACUGGACUCCAAACUACAGGAGACAGAGUAUAUAGAGAACUACGUCGGGGCAAAGAGACUGAAUAACGACCUGGCGGGAGAGAACACACACGCCGACGCCAACACACACUCUGCUUCUAAAGAGGAAAUGGGUGGGACGGGGAAGAACUACAAAAAUGCCAGCGGAGGCGGGGGUAACAUUUCCAACUCGUCUCCACGGAAUCACAGUUCUUCAAACGGCAGCGUGCCGCCGGGUUCCUCCACCAGUAAGAAUGAGAAGAAGCAGAAGGGGGCGGGGAAGGGGCAGAAGGAUCCGGUGGAGAACUGUAUCCCCAACAACCAGCUGGGAAAGCCGGACGCUUUAGUACGGCUGGAGCAGGAUGUGAAGCGUCUGAAGGCAGACCUUCAGGCCAACAGGCAGUUGGAGUCAGAGCUGCGGAGUCAGCUUUCCUCUCUGAGCAGCCAAGACCGCAGCCUACGCUCUGAACUGGGCCAGCUCCGCCAGGACAACGAGCUGCUGCAGAACAAGCUCCACAGUGCCGUCCAGGCCAAGCAGAAGGACAAGCAGACCAUCUCCCAGCUGGAGAAGAGGCUGAAGGCUGAGCAGGAGGCUCGAGCCCUUGCUGAGAAACAGCUGGCUGAGGAGAGGAAGAGGAAGAAGAUGGAGGAGGCCACCGCUGCCAGAGCCGUAGCAUUAGCUGCUGCCACCAGAGUGGAGUCGACUGACUCUCUGCGUGGUCGCAUCAGAGAGCUGGAGACGGAGUGUAAGAAGCUCAGCAUGGACAUGAAACUUAAGGAGGAGCAGAUUAGAGAUCUGGAGGGCAAGUGUCAGGAGCUGCGGAAGUAUAAAGAGAACGAGAAGGACACCGAGGUGUUGAUGUCGGCGCUGUCAGCCAUGCAGGAGAAGACCCAGCACCUGGAGAACAGCCUGAGUGCUGAGACCAGGAUCAAACUGGACCUCUUCUCCGCACUGGGGGAUGCCAAGAGGCAGCUGGAGAUAGCACAAGGCCAGAUCCACCAGAGGGAGCAGGAGAUCGCCGAGCUGAAGCAGAAGAUAGCAGAGGUGAUGGCGGUGAUGCCCAGCCUGUCCUACUCAUCAGACGGCAGCAACCUCAGCCCCGUCGCCCCGCACUACUCCUCCAAGUUCAUGGACAAUAGUCCCUCCUCCCUGGACCCCAACGCCUCAGUCUACCAGCCCCUCAAGAAGUGACUCUGAUAUCCACACGUUUGUCAGACAGGACUUUGUCUCUUUUAUUUUGGUGAAGCGUUCAGUUCCAGUUUGGGUUAUUUUUUGAGUUUACCAGCCCCCCCCUGACAGUUUUUGCACUCUAAUGUAACACAUACAGACAACACAGUGCACACAACCCCUCCAUACAUAUGUGUAUUUGGCUCCUUUUUGUUUUGGUUCUAUUAUGAGAACUAUUAUUUUGAGAGGGUUGUGUACAAUAUGACUUUUUUUGUUGAGUUUUGGGAUUUAGCCAUUAGACAGCGUUUGAAGGGGGAGAAAGGAACACACAAUCUGUUGGCCAAAUGUCUACUGAAGAGCCGUCAUGCAUCGCUUCAUGUCAGUCUUCUUUUGCUGUCAGUAUAACCCCCCCCCCUCCUCCUCCCAGCCAUAGUUUCUCCUAUAGUGAACUGACACACAGAUGUUUAAUUUAAAAAAAACAAUUGGCUUUUCAUGAUGUUUUCAGUUCACUUUGAGUCUGAAACUCACCUGUAAAGUAAAGCCCAGUGAGAGAUACAUGAAUGUAAAACCUAUUCAUGUUUUGCUAUAUCACCAUUAACUUAAAUCAGUGAUUGUUUGUUUUUGUAAAGUUUCAGUUCAGUUACGACAAUGUACAUUUCUUCUAAAAUAGUGAUAAACGUUUGCUGUGUUCUUCAGAUAUUCCAAUACAAUUUAUCCUCUCCAAUGCUGGAGUAGUGAAGUCUCCAGGAUUAUCAGUUAGUUUGAUGAAGCAGAUGUUGUUCUGUGCUAAAAAAAAAAAAAUGCUACUGCUAGAUUGGACCUGGCACUGCCAAAAUGUUCACCUGUUUGCUGCAGACACCUUUUUUCCUCUCCCUCUGGACCAAAUUAGAACCCGUUAGGCCAUAUUGUUCUCUGGAUUUAAUGAUGUCGAGGUAACCGGUGGUUACCAUUAUUUGCAGAUUUUACAGUGCCUUGCAGUUUCUCUUUUUUAAGAUGUAGAAACCACAUAUGUUGCAAUCCUGGGAUCUAAAAAAGCAUCAAGCUUUAAAGUUUCUCUCUCUCUAGCUCUGAUUUGCAUUCAAGAUUUCUCACAUUCUGAUCCAUUCAAUUCAGUAUUCAAAGGCUAAAAGAAUUACAAACUUAAAGGGAAAACAUAACACUGGACAUGGUACAUGUCAUAGUGACAGUCUUGGUACGCCAAACUCCAACCAAACUGAUUGUCUAUUAUCAUGCCCUACAGUUGGCAUUUAGUUGUUUACAACAAUGUACAUUAACUUACUGAGGAAUGUUUUCUUUGUUUAUUUCAUUUCAGUUCUUAAGUGCCAAGUGUUGAUGUUUGGUUUCCAUCCAUACUUUGAUCGAUGUAGCUAGCAUAAUGUUUGCAGAAGAGUGCUGUUAUUUUUUUGUCAUUAGAACAUAUUGGGAUGGUGUUUGUGUUUACAAGGUUCUGGGCUGAUCGUAGUGAGGCAGCAGGUUGGACUGAUUGUGUUACUCACACAUUUAUUUAUUUGUUACAGACUUUUAUUGAGUGGCACCUCCUUGAUAUUUCCCAUCAUAUUCAGUUGAUUUCCUAUAUUUUCUACCAGGAAGGAUUCUGUGAAUGUGUUGUGUUGGGAAAAAGGUUAAUACCCCCCCCCCCCCGAACCAUUUGACCAUGUCGUGCUGUCAUGUCAUGCCUACCUGGGUAAAAAAAAAAAAAAAAAGUAUUAUUUGUGGAUCGCUCUGGUGUUGUGAAAUCAGUUCUCAAGUUGCUUUUAUAAGUUUGUGUAGAAGGAAGAGAAGGGUUUAAAAAAAAAAGUGCUUUGUUUUAUCUUUUCAUUGUUCCACCAUGUUUGUUUUCUUUACUCAAAGUGAUGGUGGCUGUGUCACACUUUUCACUUUGGCCAUCACUAUUAAAGAAAGUCUUGCUGGUGGCAACGCAAGCUGUUCA